CCCUUCCCCGGCGAAAACACCCACUCAUUGGCAGUAUCUUUCUUACAACGCAGCGGAGGGGCCGGUUGUGCCCGCUUACGAGGACCUGGGCCAGCGGACUCGUCUCGAUUGGAUGAUCCUUUUCGACCUCAGGCUCUGGAAGAAGACACGUACCGAACUCCGCGACCUGUAUAUCGGCACCGUCGUCAACGUUCCCCAAUUCAAGCGGAUCAUGGGCCUGCGCCUUUCAGCUCUCUACACGGCGCUCGCGCAGUUGUACCUCAUUGCGGACAGAGAGCCUGACCACUCCAUUGUCAAUCUCUCUUUGCAACUUUUGACCACUCCGUCUAUCACGGAAGAGACUGUCUUGCGCGGAAACUUCUUGACCAAGGUCAUGGCUAUCUUGUACACGUUCCUCACCACGAGACAGGUCGGCGAGCCUCAUGAAGUCAAUCCUAACGCGACUCUGGCAUUCGACGCUGGGUCUGUGACCAAUCGGCGUCUAUAUCACUUCUUCCUGGACCUACGAUAUCUCCUGCAGUCGGAGUAUGUCCAGAACCGUGUUCGCACGGAAGAGCAGUACCUGUGUCAGUUCCUGGAUCUGGUCAAGCUCUCGCAAGGCAUAUGUCCCAAUGUGCGUGCUGUAGGGGAGCAUGUUGAGUACGAAACAGACGCUUGGAUCAGUGCGUCUAUUCUCAUGCGAGAAAUCAACCGACUGUGUCGCCAAUUCUGCGAGGCUUUCCGUAACCCUGAGGUUGACGGCGGCGACAAGUUGCUGCGAGCGAUUCGUUUAGCCACCAUUCCUGCUGUGAUUCACUCGACCGGAUCCGAGCGCAAGCGCUUCAUCCAAGCCGAGAUCAAGGAAUAUGUGUCUUUCAAAACGCUUCCCCCCUUCGAUUUCGAGGUCGACCAGGAAAACGUCCCCCGCUAUCGUGUCGUGGAUUUUAUUGUCGAACGUGGUUGGAUGAGUUUCCACCAUGCUCUGCAUUACACGCUCUCAUGGUUGCUGGAAUGCGGUCGUAAUGUGAGCGGCGCCAUUAUGCGCGAUGUGCUCAUGGACGCUGCGCAGGCUGCAAACGAUCAAUUCAUCCAUGAUUCUCAGCUCAGCCCUGAAGAUUUGCUCCUUUCAAUGUUCGACUAUCCCCUCAGGGUUUGUGCCUGGCUGGCGCAGAUGAAGGCUGGGAUGUGGGUUCGCAACGGUCUGAGCCUUCGGCAUCAGAUGUCCCAAUACAGAGGAGUCUCGUCGCGCGACUUCGCGUAUUAUCGCGAUAUCUUCCUGCUUCAGACGGCCUUGGUCACCUGCGAUCCUAGUCGGGUCCUUGCGUCCAUCGCGGAUCGCUUUGGCAUGGUGGAUUGGAUGGUCAGGGAUUACACGCCCCGUGCAGGCUACGAGGACGCCCAGAUUAUCGACGUCGCCGAAGAGUUUGUUCAUCUGUUGGUCAUCCUACUGACAGACCGGAACUCUCUUACCGCCAUCGAUGACGGCGAGAGUGCGACUCGCGAGAGCAUCAGUCGUGAUAUCGCGCACGUCCUUUGCUUCAAGCCGCUAUCUUUCUCUGACCUGUCGACUCGCCUCAGCGACAAGCUGCUGGACUCGGAUCUGUUCCAGGAUGUGCUCGAUGAAGUUGCCGGAUUCCGUGCACCGGAAGGAUUGAAUGACACCGGUACCUUUGAGCUGAAACCGGAGUACCUUGACCUCAUCGAUCCGUAUAGCGCCCAUUAUACGAAGAACCAGCGGGAUGAAGCGGAGAACAUUUACAAAGAAUGGGUGGCCAAGAAGACGGGUAAGAAGGCAGCGGACGUGGUGUAUGAGCCCAAGUUGCGACCCAUCACCGCUGGAGCUUUCGCCUCGCUUCCUCGCUUCACACGGACGUUGGUAUUUGCCCAGAUCGUGCAUCAUUGUCUGGACUACGUGGUAUCGUCCAAAGAGCGCACUCCGGCAAUCCCGCCUACUCGGAUCGAGACUUUCUUGCAGGUAGUCCUGCAUCUCAUCCUGGCCGCCUCGCUUGAGGAUAACAGCGACGAGGAUGAGAUGUCCGACGGCUCUCCGGCGUCCUUCGUUUCACACGCGCUGAACAAAGUCCGAGACACUACGCAGGCUGGCCCGUUGACCAUUGUGGGUCUCCUUGAGAAGAUAUCCGUUAUGAACGAGUUCUCUGCAUGCGGAGCCAAGAUCCGUCACAUUCUCAAACAACUCUGGCAGAAGCGCCCUGAGGCAUAUGCCUCCGCCACUGCUUCGCUCAAGUUCCCCUUCGACAGGGUUGACACCAAUUCGCCUGCCAUCGACAAUGACAACGAGAAGGAGCUGAAAAAGAAGCAGGCCUUGGAAAGACAGGCUAAAGUUAUGGCUCAGUUCCAACAGCAACAGCAGAACUUCCUCAACAGCCAAGGCGAAAUCGACUGGGGCGAAGAAGAAUUCAGUGAUCUUGAGUCCGAACCGGAGACAGCACCCGAAAGCAAGCUGUGGAAGUACCCCAGUGGCACCUGUAUCCUCUGUCAGGAGGAAACGAAUGACUCGCGACUGUACGGCACGUUUGCAAUGAUCCAGGACAGCAGUAUAUUACGUCUUACUGAUGUCUCGGACCCGGACUGGGUGCGUGAGGUGAUCAAGACACCAGAGAGCCUGGAUAAGUCGGCAGAUCAUAUUCGUCCUUUCGGAGUCGCCGGCGAGAAUCGCACGACUGUCCGCCGACUGGACUCGACAGGGAACGAGGUCACCAGCGAGAAAGUUGGCCUGAGCAAAGGUUUUAAGGCUCACAACACCUAUCCUGGGCCUGUGACCACUGGCUGCGGACAUAUCAUGCACUAUUCGUGCUUUGAGGUAUAUUUCACUGCUACGGAUCGUCGUCACCACCAGCAAGUAGCCCGUGCCCACCCUGAGUCUUUGGUUCGAAAGGAGUUUGUCUGCCCUCUCUGCAAGGCGCUUGGGAACGCCUUCCUUCCCAUUGUUUGGAAAGGCAAAGAAGAGUCGUACCCGGGCGCUUUGGGUACUGCAGUCUCUUUUGAUGAGUUCAUUAAUGUAGAAGUCAAAUCGAUCCUUUCUCAACCCCGCAACUACGCGCUACUCGCGGAGAACAACAGCAACCCGCAGACCCAGGCAUACCAGGAAACUUUCGUGAAAUAUCUGUCUAAGACGUUGGUGCCUCCGCUGGCUUCGAAAUUGGACCACAUCGCAUCGUUCCCCUCCCUCCCGUCAGCUCCACUUACUCUGCCCACCGCCCGGAUACCCAUGCCUGGUCUCUUCCCUCAGGAGGACAAUGCUGUUACUAGCCCGCUCCAAGCGACCUUCAACGUGAACGAGAAUCCUCUUUCGGAGCUGCUGCAGAUCUACAAGAGGCUGAAGCAGACUCUGAGGGUCAACCACAUCCGGUCUACGUUCAACCAUGCUCCGGAUACGCUGGAAAGCAGUGAUCUGUUGCAUACUGACUCGCUCUUCCAAAGCUUUGGCUUCAGCAUUGCCGCAGUGGAGAUUUCCCAGCGGGGUGUCACAUCGGAACCCGGCUCGACCCUGUUGGACAAGAUCCCUCAACUGACGCUGACGCAUCUCCGCAUCCUCGCCGAGACAGCCUUCUCGUAUGCUGCGGUCGGUUCCUUGCAGAACGGUACUAGCCCACACAACCUCAGCGCGGACGAGGUGCACGAGACGCACCGGCAGAAGAUAUGUCAGCUGCUCAUUGGUCAUCCCUACUUGAGUGGUACAGCUCUAUUGAGGGAGCGGCGCGAGAUUGAGCCGCUCUUGGCCAAGGAUACGUUUGUGUUCUUGGCCGAGUGUUCGGUUUCUCUUUUACCCACGGUCCCAAUUGAUAUGCGGCAUUUGAUACAGAUGUGCUAUGUGGCCGAAAUCGUCAAGGUGGCCAUCACUUACAUCCUCUGGCCCUCCGGGCUGCAGGAAGAAGUGGCUCAGCAUGGAGAUGCGAAGUACAUGCCAAUGAUGGAUGAGUCAGAUUCCCGCUACAAGCUCAGUCGGCAUUUCUUCAAGUCCAUCGUGACCGAGUUACGGACGAACAUGGGCCAGGACGAAAUCAUCUCGUUCCCGACCGAGGGUAACUACGUGGAGGAUGGGAAGAAUGCGUCUCCGCAAGUGGUAAUUACACUGCGCCGGCUGAUUUCGAGCUACGCAUUGGCCUUCCUUCGCAAGGUGGUCAUUCUCCUUCACGUGCAGCACGGAGUCGAGUUCCCCAACACGGGCUUCAACGAUGUCGACGCAUCGGAAUUGGACCGUCUGACCAAGGUCUUGCAGCUGCCCUCCCUCGACGAGAUCUUUGGGUCUGUCAACGCUACCUGCAAUAGAGGCAGUGUCUUCGACUCGGUCAUCUCAGGUUGGAUUCACCACUGGAACGUGUCGCGGCCCGGCAUGCCCUUCGGCUACCACACGCUCUGGCCUAGUCUCCCUCACCCGGCGAUCUUCGAGCUGGUCGGCCUGCCCAAGUACUACGACAGCUUGAUCGAGGAGGCCAACCGACGGCGGUGCCCGAACUCGAAGAAGGAGCUGACCGAUCCCAGCAUCUGUCUGUUCUGCGGCGACAUCUUCUGCUCGCAGGCGGUGUGUUGCACGGACAAGGGGCAGAAUCUGGGCGGAUGCAACCAACACGUUUACAAAUGUGGCAAAAACAUUGGGCUGUUUAUCAACAUCCGCAAGUGCACGGUUCUGUAUCUGCACAACCGCAACGGAUCCUGGCACUAUGCGCCGUACCUGGACCGGCACGGCGAGGUCGACCCGGGACUGCGGCGCAACCGGCAGCUGAUCUUGAAUCAGAAACGGUACGACCGGUUGCUUCGUGAUGUGUGGCUGUCGCAUGGGAUUCCGACGACGAUUAGCCGGAAGCUGGAGGCGGAUAUCAACAAUGGGGGAUGGGAGACGAUUUAGGGAGGAGAAAGGUUUCUGGUUGGGGUUAUGAUAGGGAACUGUGACUUAUGGUGUUCGAUCGAGUGCGUGUGAUGAGAUGACUAUUUUUACUGUCUACAUCGUAGUACACGAGAACCUUAGCUGUGUUGUUUGUUCGGCGUGGAAAAGUUGUGGUAGUGCAG